AUGCUAUGGCUUGCAAGCGUUCUAAUCCUAAAUUUUACUUCGCUUACCUGUGUUUUUCUUGUCCUGCAAAAAAUUGGAGUCAACAUCCGGAUGCACUGGAUUGUGCUGACACACGAGGCACACAUUUGACAAUUUUCUUAGCAGACCUUCCAUUUAGUAUUAUAAGUGCCUACCAAGUUGUUUGAUAAGUAAUUUUAUUCUUGGGCUAAACUUUCUUUAUGACACCAAGCCCCCAUUAGCUUGGAAGUGUUUUAAGAAUCAAAUUUAGCAACUUAAAGGCUACUAUGCACAAGGCCUAGUUUUGGCCUUAGUCUAAAUAGGCUUCAACAUUUCUGAUGUGGAUGACAAACGGAUGCCAUCCUGUUAUGGUGCUUUGACUAAAGAAGCUUUUAUAUUUGUAUCAUGUUUUUCCUUUGUUGAUUUCAAAUUUGUUUACAAAAUUCGUCUCUGCUAAAUGCCAUUCCUGAUAUUUCAUUAGAUAAUACAAUAUAAAUUUUGAGAUUCUGUACCUUUUGGAUUUUAUUAAUGAACUUAUGACAUGUUUUGAUUCUGAUUUGGCUCAUACUUUGAACUUUUUUCGUUUCUGACCAUUAGAUGACAAGCAAACUCCUGUUGAGGGGAAGGGCACGAAAGCUGAAGCAUCAUCUACAGAACAACCAGAAGUACCGCGAAGGGCUGGUCCACCAACAGGGAUUCCCGGGAAUCCUUUUGACUUUUCUGCUCUACAGGGAUUGCUCAAUGUAUAGCUCUUUUCUUGCUUCCUUUUGAUCCAUUGCAAUGCCCUGCUUUUUGAAAGGUCUACUGGGUUAAAAGCAAAUUUAUCAAAGGCUGUGUACUGUUUGAAGUAUCUCACGCAACAUGUACUUAUGGGGAUGCGUACACAUCUUACAAUCACUUACCCACAUAGAAAAUUUUAAACAGUCACUUGUUCCUCACUCUCAAGAAAACAACUCUCUCAUUCCCUUGCUCCCAUAAUUUUUUGUCAUCCACCGCACUGAGAUCAGUAGACAGAAGUUAAUCUUAUAAGCUCAAUCUCAGUUGUUAAUUUUAUGAGCUUGGUUGCUGUACUUUUGUAAUCAAAAUAUCACUUGUUUGAAUAUACUCAAACCUUUGUAAACAAUCCACUCUCUCCACCUUCUGUAAAGUCAAUCUGUCAUCCCCUCUUUUAAUUUUUGAUCAAGAACCUUAUCUGUUUAGCCUGAUAUUGACUUGUGUUGAUGGGCACUUAUAAUGUGCUAUGAAGUGCAACAUUCAAUGUCUGCCAUAGAUUGUGAUGGUGACCAAACUUGGUCCUAAUGUCCAUGGCGAGUUUGCUCUUGUAGUUUCCUGAUUGACAUCUCAUCUCAUUAACCACAGAGGUUGUGAUUUGGUGACAUUGAUGCUAGCCAUUGGUAUCCUAGUAUGCUACAGUGGGACAUCUCCAAGUAGUGUAAUUUUCAGCAAUAGUUGAUUACUUCGACUCUUGUCUUGACAUAAUAGAGUGUAAAAUUUACGAAUAUGUCAUCACCAGCUGGAAAUAACGGUGUACGUAGUAUAAAUCGAAUGGACUAUAAUUCUUUGUUUUCUUCCUGGCCGACUGCUGUUAGCAUCCAUGCCUCUGCAGUUUUUCCUAAAGAGCAUUCAUGUGCUAACUCUGAAUGGAUUUUUGGUUCCAUCUGUGUUGGUAACAAAGUUCGGCCAUUUUGUUAUUAUAUCCACAUAGAAUUUUCCUUUUCCCUUAGUAUUAGGAAAUGAAGAGAUCGGAAUAGACACUCUCAAAAUUCAAAGGUUUAUAUUUUUGUUGGUACUAUUACAAAAAUUAGCAUAGCAUGCGUUAACAGCUAAACCAAACCAUUAGUGCAAAGAAGAAGGUUCCCAAUUCUCACGCCUAAAUUUUGAGAUUAAGAUCAGGGGGAAAGUGCUAUGUUUAUCUGUGGUACCAAGAAGAUAGGAACAUGUAAGUUUCUUGGGUCAUCCUAGAGUUAUUUAUUAGUCUUUUACUAUCACAAAUCAUUGAAAGUUGCUAUGAAAAUUCUUUCAAUUGCAUUUGAUUAUCUUUCUGCCAUUCUCAUCUCUUCAUUUUGCUUUACGAUGAUUUUAAUGACAUAAAAAGUGAUGAUGUCAAUGAUUGUGAUUGUGGUGAUACUCAACUUUGAGGUUUUCAUUAUUUCAGGAUCCAGUCAUUAAGCAAAUGGCAGAACAAAUUGCACAUGAUCCUUCGUUCACCCAGAUGGCUGAGCAACUCCAGAAAAGUGUCCAAGGUGCAGGUGAAAGUGGAAUACCUCAAGUGGAUCCUCAGCAAUAUAUGUCGACCAUGCAACAAGUCAUGCAAAAUCCCCAGUUUAUGACAAUGGCUGAGCGCCUUGGGAAUGCUCUCAUGCAGGUAUCUGGACGACUAUUCUUUUGCUUAACAUUCCAUUCUUCUCUGUCAGAUGGUUUGCAUUUCAUGGAUAAGUUCUGAACCAUACGCUUCCUCCACCUCCCCCCCCAAACCGAAGGAUCCUUCCAUGUCUAGAAUGCUGGAGAACCUCACGAAUCCAUCCAGUGCAGACCAACUUAAAGAACGGAUGGCCCGUAUCAAGGAGGAUCCAUCACUGAAGCCAAUUCUUGAUGAGAUUGAAACCGGAGGUCCAUCUGCAAUGAUGAAGUAUGGCAUGUAAAAGCAUUAGCAUAUUUUAUUGGGUACAUUCUAUUUCUUGUUAGAUAAUGUUUCUCCCUCUGUUUGUUAGGUAUUGGAAUGAUCCAGAAGUCCUGCAAAAGCUGGGGCAAGCUAUGGGAGUUGGGGCAUCAGGAGACAUUACAACAUCAGCUGAUGCGUCAGGGCCAGAGGAAGCAGAGGAAGAUGAAGCCGGAUAUGAAGAUGAGUCUAUCCUUCAUCACGCUGCAAGUACUGGUGAUGCAGAGGUAUUGUUGGUCUACGAACAUAUUUGGAGAUGUGCUCUUCCCUUUGUAUUUUUACUUUAUUUGAGUUUAUAUGAAAAAAACACAUUUAAAUGAAAACAUUAUUUUUUGAGGAAAAUAUGAUAAUCACGUUUGGUGCAUUUUCUGGACUAUCAGUUAUCAAAUGUUAAGUGCUAUCCAUCAAUUCUUGUCCUAUUUCGAUUUCAAAUAGCAUCUGUUAUUGCCAAUCUGAUUUUAUGUACGGAUAUAAUCCUCCCUUAUAACUCAAGAAAAAUGUCAAAACUAGUCAGUCAAAAAUCAGUUCACAUGUGUGGCCUCUUUCAGUUUCUGCUUCUGAACUCUGAGGCACUUGUUGGCAUUAAUGUUGCCACUGCGGGUCACUUGUAACCAACCCCAGUGUUUUCCACACAUAUCACAGCCGCCUGUUUGCUUUGAGGAUAGGCAUCAUUUUUUUGAAAUCAGCCAACCUGAUUUUUGAUUAGGGGAUUUUUCCCUUGAAAAGGCCAAAUCAGGCUUAACAGAGGAAUCAUCAAUUUAUGAGCUGAAUCGAAGUUUAAUUGGUUGAUUUUUUAAAAAUCAGUAAAUUUUCUACUAAAUCUUUCCUGAUUUGGUUUGUAUUUAACAGUUUUCUGUUGUACUACUGCUAAACAGAGGAAGAAUUUUGAAACAUAACGCUGGAGGAAGAAUAAGAGGAAAAGUUAGAGAAAUAAGAGGAAUAAAUUUGGGAAAGACAAUCUCACUUACUGCUGUCGCCAAUCAUCAUUGGUAACUGCUAUUAAUGCUGAUAGCAUCCGUAUGGCUACUGAGACUGCAGGCCUUAAAAGUCCAUAUUCUUCUAGUACCCCGGAUAGACCUUUCUCACUUGUGUACAUUUUUUUUAAUAUGAAUUUAUAAACUAAAUCAAACUGUUGAAAUAUCCUUUGGCGUUGUUAUUCUUUUGAUCCAUAUUUGGUGGCUAAAUCAGUUAUGAUCCGAUUCAGAUCGGCUUGGAUGUAUCUCUCUUUCGGUACAAUGGUGGGUGUUGGAGCUUUGGGAGGGGGUCUAAUUGGUUGAAAUAAUUAUUGACAAGGACAUUUUCGAACGUUGACGUUUAUCGUAUUUCUGAAAUUAUAGAUAGGCUACCAUUUUUAUUCAAAUCAGAUCAGGGUUUUUCUCGAGGUAUGCUGAUUUUCAAAUUAGUAUUCAAAUGGAAUGAUGAAAGUGAUGCUGCCUGGCUAUUUUGAUUCUUCAUUCUAAUGCUUAUUAGUGGGCCAGUUUAGAUUAUAUUCUGUCGUGUCUAGACAAAUAAGAAGGGCUGACUCAGCACUGCUUACUUGGCUCAGCUUAAUAAAUAGAAUGGGUUGAUUAAUUAUUACGAUUCGAAUCAAGGGCAUUGCGUUUUGACAAUAAUGACAGGGGGUUAUAAGGAGCCGCAGCCGUUGGUUGCAUUUGCCAUGUUUCUUUUUCCCUUUGAAAAAGAGGAAACAUAGGCUUUCCAAAGAUUUUUUUUUUAGUGGAAAGGGAAAGGGAAAUGACGUGAUUAAUUGAAGUGAAAGGAACAUAAUUUGGCAGCUGCGAGGUUGAGAGGGUAUGAUUGUGAUGGCCAAAGCUCCAAAUUAUUCAUAACGUUAUUGUUCCUUGCUGUGCAAGUUAAAGCUCCAAAUUAUUGGUAUUGCUGUGCAAUGUGCUCCUAUUUAGUUUCCCUUUGAUUUUCUUUCUUUAUUUUCUGGAAUUAAUCACCGGAAGAAACAAGGGGCAGAGCGAUGAAAAUGCUUGGAGGAAAACAGUAAUGAGGUUAAGGCUUGGAGGGGGGGGAGGAUCAAGAUUGUCGAAAGGACAUGUAGAUUACUGGCUGUUGUCUGGAUAUUCCAAAAUGUAGAUAUGUACCUAGGUCUGUACAAUUUGUUCCACCGCAGUGAAUUUCAAUGGGGUCAUUUUUGGUUAUUAAAAUAUUUCCAUAAUGACUACUAUUUUUAUGAUAAUUUUUAUAUUUGAUGAUAUUUCAGCCAUUUUAUAUUGGUGAAGGCUAUUUUCAUACGAUUUUUUAUUUUUUACUGAAUUAUAGACCAAAUUGUCAACCGAUUGGUUUUUUUUAAAAGCUUUCCGUGGAAUGGACCAUUUUUUUUCAAGUUUUCAACAUGUAGUGUGACCAGCGUUGGUUUAAUAUUUUGGCUUGAAGUUUAUAAUGCACUGGAAGCCAAAGGAUUCCAAGGAACCUUGAUUCUACCAAGAGAGAAUGACAGAAAGAAAACAAAUUGGGGCAAGCCCCUUCUACUGUUUCCUCUUCAUGAAAUGAGGCAAACAGUUUCUUAUCUUCCAAAGAAUAGUAACUACCAACGAAAAUUGCUAAAAAACAAUAUCUGCUAGAUAAGAAAACAAUAUAAACAAUAGUUUCCUGGUGAGAACAUACUGCUAUAGUUAGACCCUUCCUUGUGCCACGUUUUUGGGCUUUUGUUUUACUAUCACUUCCUGGGCUUUCCUAUUUUUUCGUGGCUCUCUUUUUCAUCAGUUUACUUUUGCUUCUCUGGCGUUCUCUUCUUCUAUGUUUUACUCUUUAUCGAUAUGCAUGGAAAUUAUAUCGAAAUGAAGAGAGAAAAACGUCUUCAUUGUUGAAAUUAGGUUUUGAAGAAUGCACUUGCUGCUGGAGCAGAUAAAAAUGAAGAAGAUGCAGAAGGUAGAACAGCUUUGCAUUUUGCAUGUGGUUAUGGAGAGGUAAGAUGAUAUGUUAUGCUUCUUUAUUUUGUUCCAUUUUAUUGUGUAAUGUCCCCCUGUUAGCAAAAAGUCAACUUCAGCUUCUAGUUGUACUCUAAGUUGACAGUAUUUUUUGGGGGGGGGGACAUGAAUGCAUAGAGUAAUUCAUUUUACCUUUUGAGCAGUCAUAUUUCUCAAAAUUAUCAAAAUUCAGGCACAUCUGUUGUUUCAUUUUUUCACUUCAUCUGAAUAAACUCUUCUAGUACACUGCUAUUGUAAAAGAAAUUAUUUUAUUCUUCUUGGGAAAGAAUAAAAUAGGAAAUAGACGGGAAAAAUGAGCCUAGGCUGUGAGAUAUGGAAGGGCGUUGGUUGAUCACUCCAUGGAGAUGGUCGAAGAAUAUGGAUGUGUUGCUGGUGGUGCAACAAUCUAAUGACGCCAUAAUAGUCUUCACAAGAAUUGACAUUCAUGUUUGAACUUUGAUGCUUGGAGAAUGUUUGUCCCUCCCAUUGUUAGUGCUGCUUCGUAGUUUUUCUCCAAGAGAGAUAGAAGUCCUGGUUGGGGGCACAUAUAAAAUCUUUGGCUUUUGAGUUGAGCUUAGCUUCGGAAGAUCUUGAGCCUGAGGCCUGGUGUUUGUGUUUCAGGUGAAAUGUGCAAAGAUUCUUCUUGAGGCAGGGGCGAUGGUUAAUGCUCUGGACAAGAACAAGAACACCGCCCUUCACUAUGCCGCUGGGUAUGGCCGUAAAGAGUGCGUUGUGCUCCUUGUCGAGAACGGGGCUGCUGUGUAAGUUUAAGGCACUCUGGAAAACAGAUUGCUCUCCAUUGUAGUAUAUCAUGGUUAGAAGGCAACCCCCUUCCUCUCUCCCUUCUGACCGACUCUCAUCUGGCUCGCAGUACUCUUCAAAACUUGGACGGGAAGACCCCCAUUGACGUUGCCAAGCUGAACAACCAGGACGAGGUUCUGAAGCUGCUCGAGAAGGAUGCCUUCUUGUGA